AUGGGAUCCGAGGAUGAUGAGGCAACUCUUAUGAGAAGAAACAAGCUAUUACAAGAAGCAAUCACCAAAGAUAUCCUUGCAGCCAUGGAGAAGUUGUUGGAGGAUAAACUCGAUCAAAGGCUAUCUGAUAGACAAGACCAGAAUGCUGAGCAGAGACGUGAGCCAAGGAGCAAUAGGCAUGGUCGUCGUGAGCAUGCUGGAUCAGAAGAGACUGAUAACUUCUAUGAGAGAAGUAGCCAUAGCUCUGGAUCAAGACACAGCAGUAGGAGAUCACGACAUGAUCAUGAGGGCAGAAGGCAUAGGCGCAAUGAGCUAUCAGGAUUGAAGCUUAAGAUCCCUCCUUUCCAUGGCAAGGCUGAUCCGGAUGCAUAUCUUGAGUGGGAAAAGAAGAUAGAGCUUGUCUUUAAUUGUCAACACUACUCUGAGAUUAAAAAGGUUCAAGUUGCUGCUACUGAGUUCAAUGACUAUGCAUUGAGUUGGUGGGAUCAGUUGGUUACAAACAAAAGGCGCAAUGGGGAGUUUCCUAUUGAGACAUGGGCUGAGAUGAAGUCUUUGAUGCGUAGGAGGUUUGUUUCCAGCCACUAUCACCGUGAUCUUCACCAAAAGCUGAGGCUUCUUACCCAAGGUUCCAAGUCUGUGGAGGAAUACUAUCAAGAGAUGGAGUUGCUUAUGUUGAGAGCUAAGGUUUCUGAAGAUAGUGAAGCUACCAUGGCACGGUUUCUUGGUGGGCUCAACCGUGAGAUACAAGACAGGGUAGAGAUGCAGCACUACUUGGAGAUAGGGGAGAUGCUACACAAAGCUAUCUUGGUAGAGCAACAAGUUAAGAGAAGAAGUCAUGCGCGUGGCAGCUAUAGUUCCAGUAGAUACCAGACUUCUAAGGAAGAUAAACCAAGCUAUCAGAAAGAGGUCAAACCACAGCCAAAGGAAGAGUCUAAGCCUAGUAGUAUCUAUAGCAAGGAUAAAGGUAAAGCAGAGGCUACCAGCUCGCGUGCAAGAGAUUUGAAGUGCUUUAAGUGUCAAGGGCGUGGGCACUAUGCUAAUGAGUGUACCAACAAGAGAGUUAUGGUUCUUUUGGAGAAUGGCGAGUAUGAAUCUGAAGAUGAGAGACCAGAGACUGAGCAAGAAUCUUCAGAAGCAGAAUACGAAGAGAAACCAGUUCAUGGUAGGCUUUUGGUUGCAAGAAGAACACUCAGCCUACAAAGCAAGACCGAGGAGCAAGAACAGAGGGAAAACUUGUUCUACACCCGCUGUAUGGUGCAAGGAAAGGUCUGUAGUCUGAUCAUUGAUGGUGGAAGCUGUGUCAAUGUUGCUAGUGAGAUAAUGGUAAAGAAGCUUGGCCUACAAACUCAUAAACAUCCCAAGCCUUACCGACUGCAAUGGCUUAAUGAAGAAGGCGAGAUGAGGGUAUCUACUCAGGUUUCUGUACCCUUAUCCAUUGGGAGAUAUGAAGAUGACAUCCUCUGUGACGUGAUACCCAUGGAAGCCAGUCACAUAUUGCUUGGAAGGCCUUGGCAGUUUGAUAGACGUGAUUAUCAAGAUGUGUUUCCAGAAGAUAGCCCCACGGGUUUACCACCUAUACGAGGGAUUGAGCAUCAGAUAGAUUUUGUACCAGGUUCUACUCUUCCCAAUAGACCAGCCUACAUAACUAACCCGGUUGAGACCAAGGAGCUCCAAAGACAGGUUGAGGAACUGAUGAAGAAAGGUCAUAUCCGUGAAAGCAUGAGUCCUUGUGCUGUUCCAGUGCUUCUGGUGCCUAAGAAAGAUGGAAACUGGCGUUUUAUUGUGAGUGCAGAUGGAGUGAAAGUGGAUCCAGAGAAGGUGAAAGCUAUACGAGAAUGGCCCAUCCCUAAGACAGUGAGUGAAGUAAGGAGCUUCCAUGGACUUGCUGGCUUCUAUAGGCGAUUUGUGAGGGAUUUCAGUACUAUAGCAGCUCCCUUGACUGAGGUUGUCAAGAAAGACAUAGGAUUCAAAUGGGGAGACACACAAGAAGCUGCAUUCCAAUGCCUUAAAGAGAAGCUUACUAAUGCCCCUCUUCUUAUACUUCCUGAUUUUAAUAAAACUUUUGAGAUUGAAUGUGAUGCCUCAGGAAUUGGUAUUGGUGUUGUUCUUAUGCAGGAGAAAAGACCUAUUGCAUACUUUAGUGAGAAGCUUGGAGGAGCCACUCUCAACUAUGCAACUUAUGAUAAGGAACUCUAUGCUUUGGUGAGGGCCUUGCAGACUUGGCACUAUUAUCUAUGGCCCAAGGAGUUCGUAAUCCACACUGAUCAUGAGUCUCUCAAGUACCUUAAAGGCCAGAACAAGCUCAGUAAGAGGCACGCCAGAUGGGUAGAAUUCAUUGAAACCUUCCCUUAUGUGAUCAAAUACAAACAAGGUAAGGAGAAUAUAGUUGCUGAUGCACUAUCAAGAAGGCAUGAUGGAUUUCUUUUCUAUAACCGUUUGUGUGUGCCUAACUGUUCUUUGAGAGAGUUAUUUGUCAGGGAAUCUCAUGGAGGAAGCCUUAUGGGUCACUUUGGUGUUACAAAGACUCUUAAAACCUUGCAGGAUCACUUCUUUUGGCCUCGGAUGAAAAGAGAUGUGGAAAGAAUUUGUGAGAGGUGUGCAACUUGUAAACAAGCUAAGUCUAAGGUUCAGUCACAUGGUUUGUAUACUCCUCUCCCUAUUCCUUAUCACCCUUGGAAUGACAUAUCUAUGGAUUUUAUUGUGGGAUUGCCUAGAACUAGAACUGGAAAGGAUUCUAUCUUUGUUGUUGUUGAUAGAUUCUCAAAAAUGGCUCAUUUCAUAGCAUGUCACAAAACUGAUGAUGCAUUGCAUGUUGCUAACCUGUUCUUUAAAGAGAUUGUGCGCAUUCAUGGCAUGCCUAGGACUAUUGUUUCUGAUAGAGAUGCUAAGUUUCUUAGUUAUUUUUGGAAAACUCUAUGGUCUAAACUAGGUACUAAACUGUUGUUCUCUACUACUUGUCAUCCGCAAACUGAUGGACAAACUGAAGUAGUUAAUAGAACUCUAGGUACUCUCUUGCGUGCAUUCAUUAAAAAGAAUCUGAAGUCUUGGGAAGAUCAUUUGCCACAUUGUGAAUUUGCAUAUAAUCAUGCUGUGCAUUCUGCUUCUAAGUUUUCCCCUUUUGAAAUUGUUUAUGGGUUUAAUCCCACCUCUCCUUUGGAUCUAAUACCUUUACCUGAGUUAGGUGAUUAGGUUUGGGUUCACCUAAGGAAGGAAAGAUUUCCAAAGGAGAGGAAGUCCAAGCUAAUGCCGAGGAUUGAUGGACCGUUUGAGAUCAUAAAGAAUAUCAGCAACAAUGCCUACAAGCUUGAUCUCAAAGGGAAGUAUGAUGUAAGCAAUAGGUUUAAUGUUUCUGACUUAAUCCCUUUUAUUGCAGAUGAGUUCGAUUUGAGGACAAAUCCUUUUCAAGAGGGAGGGGAUGAUAUGAUCAUGGACCAGCAUGCUGAUCAAGAUGAAGAGUUCCAACUAGCUAAAGAAGAUGGGAAGCCUAAAGAUGGUGCAACCAAAGAAGAUGAUGCCUUAGUCAUUUCCAAUGGCCCCAUAACUCGAUCCAAAGCUAAGAUACUCAAGGAAGCUAUUGGAGGAUUAAUCAAGAAGUGUUUGAUCCAUGAAGAAAGUCUUGAAGGAAGCUUGAUACUUCAAGAUACACUUGUUACCAUCCAAGCUAUCUCACCAUCAAGCUGAGUGUUGUCUAGGCUAGCAAGCUAUGUGUGCUCUUUUUCCCUAUCUUUGUUUUUGUCCCAAUGGGUUUUGCAAAGAUAGGUUUUUAACGAGGCCAUAGUCUUGCUGCUCAAAACUCCUAGAUGAUGCUCUCGGACCAACCACAUGAAGAACCUUAUGUUAUGUUUUAUUUCUCUAAGUAUUUAUGUCUUUUAUUUCAAAAACUCUAUCUAUGUUGUGUCUUUAAUUCUACAUUGACUAAAGGAGCGUGUUCCUUUUAGUUUGAGUUGAUUGGAACCUGUUCCAAGUCUCUCACUAUAUAUAUAUGUGUGUGCCGCAACCCUAG